CUUAGACUAUGGGCACUUUCAUGUCCUUUGAUCAUAUUUUAUAAAAAACAUUACAUUUUGAAAAAUUUACACUUUCAUAGCUAACUUUACAAUGUAAGUACUUUAGGAACUUUUUACCAGUAGUCUAUGAUGAUUUUUUCACCUUUUUAAACAUCAUUAUAGAUGCAAAUAUUGCUGUUUUGUGCUUGUCCCACACCCAGACUUCUGAUCUUCAAUAAUGAAAAAUAAGUGUAAAAAAAUUAUUUAUCUAUUUUUUUUUAAUAUGACUGAAUAAAGUAUCAGUAAAAUAAUCAAAACAUAAUUGGGGUAUUUAAGGUCAGACAACUAUUAAUGUGGUUUUAUAUUCAAAAUAUAGUUGUCCCACAGUAUUGCCGUCAUUUCCACCACAACGCUGUAAUGUCUCUUUAAAACAGUUUUUUUGAAAGAUUGUUUGGGUUGUUUCUAUGGAGAUGAACUAUGACAUCACAGCACAUGUCUGAAAUGGAGGAGAUUUUGAAUUUCUUCACCAACUUGAAGAAGAAAAUUCAAGGUAAAUAUUGCUUGAAAUAAAAAUAUUUUUAUUGUAUGUCAUUUCCAAACAUGGCGUAACAUCAAUUGAGUUUGUAAAUUAAUAGAUUUUUUAACAUAAAUAGAUGUAUUUUGCAUGCAUGCAAUGCUAGCUUCCAAUUCAUAGCUAAUCUGUAAUACUAGCUUGGAUUUUUUUACAAAAUACUGCAGGAUUGUCAUUUCCACCACCGUCAUUUCCAACACAUUACCUUCUUGGGUGGAAAUGACAAAGGUGAGGUGGAAAUUACAUUUAAGCUUACAAGGUGCAAUUCAUGGAUUGUGUGUCUACAUAUUAUUUAUAUUAUUAUUUAUUAAAAUGUACAAAGCUAAUGUAUUUAUUCAAAUAUACAUUUUUUGAAAUGCCUUUUCAUCAAUUUUUUAGAUGCCGCGGAUGUCAACUAAAGAAAGGUCUCAGUCCUAUAGGGACAGACUAAAAGAGGACCCUGUCAAAUAUGAAGAGCGACUGAAGAGAGACAGGGAGAGAUACAUUAGGAAAAAAGAAAGAGGGGUUGUAAAGCCAAUUGCAGAGUUGUCAAACCGAGAACAACGCAAAAGAAGGAGACAAUGGAGAACUAAUCAAAAGAAUUAUCGGGAGAGGAUGAACAAAGCUCUUAAGGUACAGGCCUACCUUUCUACCACUACACCACCAAACUCUCCAAAUUCUGUGCAACCAGAACAUGAUGUUAAUCCACCUUCCACACCACCCUCACCAUCACCCUCUGCCCAACGUUUAAGUCAAAAACAAAGGGGAAGGAAAAAGGUUCUAAGAAACCGUUCCAAAGUUCGUGCAGCAUUGUAUAAAAGCAAUGUUAAACUUGGUAAGGCUCUGCAGAAGGUCGAGAGGUAUCGCAAACGGUAUGCCCGAUUAAUGAAGAAAGUGAAGCAGGCUGACUCCCCAAAUACCAAGUCAAAAAAGCAGAUGGCAUCACCACCACACACUCUAAGAAGAACUUUGGUUUUCCAUAAUGCUCUUCUUGCUGAGCUGAGAGACAGAUAUAAAAAUCUGUCCUCUGAGAGAGAAAAACAACUUAUUUCGAAGAUAAUGGCAGGAAAGAUCCUCAAGAAGUAUCGCCUGCUGAAAAUGGCUAAAACAGAAUUUGGCUUUUCAGCCAAGAGAAUGAGAAAUAAUGAAAAGAGGUCACCAGCACUUAAAUACACAAGGAAGAAGCAAAGAAACAGCAUCAGCACAGACACAGAAGAGAAAAUCAAGCAAUUCUUGGAAAGGGAUGAGAACAGCAGAGCAACAACAGGUAAAAAGGAGACUGUGACACAGAAAAAAAUGAAAAAACAGAAGAGAUUCCUUAAUGAACCUAUGGAAAUCCUUCAUGAGAAAUUUAAGAAGGAGUAUCCUGACAUACAGAUUUCUUACAGUGAGUUCUGCAAGAAACGUCCUUUUUGGAUUAUAAAGCCCACAAUUAAGGACAGAGACACAUGCAUAUGCAAGACGCAUGCCAAUUUGCAGUUAAUGGCAGACAAACUGCUGCAGCAUAAAGUGAUCAACAGCAGGAAAAUUGAAGAUUUGGUUGUCUCUCUGUGCUGUUCACCAUACACCAAGGAGUGUAUGUACAGAGAAUGUCCCAACUGUGUGGACAAAGAAUUGCAGAUCUCAGCAUUUGACCCUGGGGCACAGACAUUUUGGCACACAUGGAAGGCAAAAGCUGAGGAGAGAGAGAAGAAAAAGAAAGAUGGAACUAAAGAGAAAAUCACAGUUCAUCUCACUGUUAAGGAGAAAAUAGAGGGCACACUGCAUACUUUACAAGAAGACUUUUUAACAGGUCUAAAACAAAAACUUGGAAAGCAUGUGUAUAACAUCAGGCAUCAGUAUGCAGCUCUCCGUGGUCUAAAGGAAAACUUGAGAGAGGACGAGGUGAUUCUGCAUAUAGAUUUUGCAGAGAACUUCCAGUGCAAGUACAACAGUGAAGUCCAGGCGGUACAUUUUGGAGAUUCGCAUCACCAGGUCUCACUCCAUACUGGUGUGGCCUACACCUGGAAGGAUGUAAAGUCAUUAUGCUCAAUCAGCUCUUCUUUUCGCCACGAUCCCUCAGCAAUAUGGGCACAUCUAACCCAAGUGCUAACUUACUUGAGAGAACAACAUCCCACUGCCACCACACUUCAUGUGGUCAGUGACGGACCAACGACGCAAUACCGCUCAAAAAAAAACUUCUUCCUCCUCACCAAUGUUCCUUACCAAAUGGGUUGGAAAAAGGUGACCUGGAAUUUCUUAGAGGCUGGCCACGGCAAAGGCCCAGCUGAUGGGAUUGGAGCGGCGGUGAAGAGAAGAGCGGAUGAUCUUAUUGCAAGAGGGAAGGACAUUCCAGAUGCAAAAGUACUGUUUGAGGAGCUUAAGCAGCAAAAGUCUGCCACAGAGCUGUUCUAUAUUGAGCCAGAUGCCGUUGAGGCAAUGGAUGUUCACGUUCCAUCUGAAUUACAGACAAUUCGUGGCACGAUGCAAAUUCAUCAGAUCACCUCUCAUUCUCCAAGCCAGAUGUCAUGGAGGAUUCUUAGUUGUUAUUGCUCUGCACCCAACGAUUGCAACUGUUUUACACCAGAAACUGUCAGGUUUCAGCCAUGGGAUGAAGCUACCCCCACAACCAGUACACUUCCUGUCACAUCCCAAGAUAGAGGUCUGCAACCAAUUUUGGACUUGCAUGAGGGUCUUAUUGGUCAGUGGUGUGCAGUGGUGUAUGACGGAGAUGUGUACCCAGGUAUUAUUCAGGAUGUUGAAUUAUACAGUGGUGCUGAAGUGAAAACAAUGACCAGUAUUGGGAUCAAUCGCUUUUAUUGGCCACUGAGAGAUGAUGUCAUCUGGUACCAACCCAUGAAUAUAAUAGGCCUCAUCCCUGAGCCCGUACCAGUGACAAAACGGCACAAGGAGAUUAAGACGGAAGUUUGGAAAGAAAUCUGCAAGAUUUGGCCUUGAAUCACAUUGCCACCCUUUCUUUCUUCCCCCCCCUCUCUCUCUCAUGAAUGCACAGCCCUCGUGAUUAAGAUGCUUUAUAGUUCAUGUUACAAUGCAUUAAGAUUACUAAAGUUUAGGUGUUUUUUAAGUAAUCCAAAAUUCAAAACACUGUUCAUCUAACCAAUUAAUGUGUUACAAUUUUACAAUCACAAUUUAUGCAUAACUUGCAUUUUUCAUGUUACUAUUUGUGGUUAAAGUUGUUUACAGUAAGACUGUAACUGUUCAUCUGGUUAUGGAACCAAACAGACUAAUGACUAAUGAUACUUGUUAAAUGGAAUUGUCUGCUUCAGAAGGUUUCAAAUAAAUGUAUUCUGUUUUUCUA